AUGGCCCCAACUUACGCUAACAUCUUUAUGGCCAAGGUGGAGGACGGACUGGUUUACCGUUCCCCUUUCUUUGGAAGGGUCCUGUGUUGGUGGCGCUACAUCGACGACAUCUUUAUGAUCUGGACAGGUACAAUGGAUGAGUUGGAUGACUUCCACUCACAUUUAAAUGCGGGUGUCCCAGGACUGCAAUUCACAGUUACAUCUUCAGCUAGUGAAUUGCAGUUCCUUGAUGUACGGGUUUAUGUGAUGGAGGGUCUUUUAGCUACAGACCUCUAUCAGAAGCCCACUGAUAGAAAUACCCUUCUUAUGCAUGAUAUCUAUCACCCACGCAAAAUGCUUGAUUCCAUUCCUUGGAGUCAACUUCUAAGGGUUAGAAGAAUAGUCUCUGAUGAAGAGGUAUGUACAGAAAGGGUGGACGCCAUGUGUACACGCUUUGUUGAGCGUGGCUACCCCAAGACCUUACUCGAUAGAACUAAACAUAAAGUUAAGUUGGUAGACAGGGACUCUGCACUUCAGAAAUCGACAAAAGCCAGAUCCGGGGCUAGGGUUCCUUUUGUCUCCAUCUUCGGCCGGGACAGUGGUGACAUUGUCCAUGUCCUUAGAAAGGAAUGGCAUAUACUCCAAAGGGGGUUGCCGGAGAUAGAAGAAUUCAAGUCCCCGCCAAUGAUGGCAUACAGGAGGAACCCUAGCCUACGGGAUAGACUGGUUAAAACUGAUGUAGGUGAGACCACUAUGGAAGUCCGAGAACGCAUUAAUAAGCACAAAAGCACUAUACGCAAGAAGAACAUGGACAAGCCAGUUGCGAAACAUUUUGUCGAGGCAGGACACUCUAUAAACCAACUUCGCUUCAGGAUAAUAGACAGUUUCCCACAGAGGGAUUCAGAGCUGUACAUCUUCAAUUGGAUGGACAAUCCAUUACCGCGCUCAACCUGUAGUGAGAGUUGCCUCCAUGGAUACUGGAAAGUCCAACUGGAAGGAAAACAGAAAUGCUGCUACUACUGUGCCCCCUGUGCAGAAGGCGAAAUCUCCAACCAGACUGAUAUGGGAACAUGCUUAGUGUGUCCUAACGAUCACUGGUCAAAUGGAAGAAGAGAUUCCUGCGUCCCAAGACCGAUUGUAUUCCUGUCUUAUGGAGACACACUGGGGUCAUCUCUAAUUAUUAUAAAUCUUACAUUUUGCCUUGUGACUAUAGUUGUGUUGGGGAUAUUUAUAAAAAAUAAAGAUUCUCCAAUUGUGAAAGCCAAUAACCAGAAUCUCAGUUUCAUUCUUCUCCUCUCACUCAUCUUCUCAUUUUUAUGUCCUCUCUUAUUCAUUGGACGUCCCUCAGAUAUAUCAUGUCUCCUCCGACAAGUGACUUUUGGAAUCAUUUUUAGCCUUGCAGUUUCUUCAGUCUUAGCUAAAACAGUCACUGUUGUCUUGGCUUUUCAAGCCAUUAAACCAGGCAGGACACUGAGGCAGUGGAUGAAGAGACACCUCUCCACAUCCUUACUUGUUAUAGGUUCAUCUGGAGAAGUUUUGAUCUGUGUCCUCUGGUUGUUUUAUUCUCCACCAUUCCCAGAUUAUAACACUGGAAUAGAGGUUGGAAAGAUAAUCUUACAAUGUAUUGAGGGAUCUGCCAUUGCUUUCUACUUGGCCAUCGGCUACAUUGGAUUUCUUGCAAUGAUGAGCUUUAUUGUAGCUUUCUUGGCCAGAAGACUUCCAGACACCUUCAAUGAGGCUCAGUACAUCACCUUCAGCAUGCUGGUGUUCUGCAGUGUGUGGAUCUCCUUCAUCCCAGCCUAUCUCAGCACCAAGGGGAAGUACAUGGUGGCUGUGGAAGUUUUUGCCAUCUUAUGUUCCAGUGCUGGACUUCUGGGCUGUAUCUUCAUUCCCAAAUGUUACAUUAUCCUACUGAGACCAGAACUCAACACAAAGUCCAAUAUAAGGGUCAUAAGAAGACAUUGUACAGGAGAAUUUUGA